CCUCCUCGGGGGCUCCCUGCGCCGGGUAUCCAGUUUAUCAGGGUUUCUUUUAGAAAUGUGCAGCAGCACACAUCUUUACUCUUCCGCCGGAGUCGGAGCCACGUCGCCGACGAGCCGACGCUGACGCACCUCCCACCUCGGCGACGCCGCCGCCUCCCCAACUGCGCGCGUCUCCUAUCCCGCGCUCGCUGUCCCCGCCCGCCGCGCAGACCACCACCAGCCCACCACCGGUCCAAUUCGAGAAGGACCCCGAGCACAACGCCGCAGCCCGCGGGACUCCGGAUCGGCGACGGAAUCCCGAUCGAUCGAUUGGUUCGGCCGCUGGACUCAACACGCCUCCUCCAUCCCGACACCUCACCCGCCGCACCCCCGUCUCCAAAUAGAGCCAGGGGGAUCCCUGCCCGCCUUGUUGGUCGUUGCUUACCGCGCUCGUCUUCGCAAUGGGGGGCUCCUCGGUGUGCGACGGGACUCUGUCUCUCGACGAGUUCAACGCCUCGGCGAAGGCGUUGGUCACCAAGUGGAGCGGGAUCGAUGUCGACAACGCCCUUCCCGACUGGGAGUGGAGGCCUUGCCGCAAGAUGGGGGUGCCAUCUGAGACGGAGGGGUUUGUAGCCCUGGAAGGAGUGUACCGCAUUGGCGCAGGAAGCCAGAGUGAGGAGAGCGAUGACGACCCUGUCCCUGAUGAUGUUGUAGAGCAUGAUACCUGGGUUCAGAGCUCCAGGGAUAAUGUUCACCUUUAUGAUUUCCAUAUUGUCUACAGCUUUUCUUACAAGGUUCCGGUGCUAUACUUUCAAGGUCUUCAGUCUGGUGGGCAGCUGCUAACUUUAGAUGAGAUAAAAAAGGAUCUUCCUUCUCAUUCACUUCAGUUGUUAAACGAAUCAAAGUGGACAUUUAUUACUCGAGAGGAGCAUCCCCACCUAAGUAGGCCAUGGUUCACCUUGCAUCCAUGUGGAACCAGUGACUGGAUGAAGUUGCUUCUUCAUAAACUGGGAGACAAGGAUCGAUCUCUGCAAUACUUGUCAGCAUGGUUAUCUGUGGUUGGUCAGGCAGUAGGAUUGAAGAUCCCGCUUAAGCUUUAUUGCAAUUCAUAGGUCCACCCUCUUUCAGUAUGUAGUAGUACGUACCAUUGUCAUGUGGAUGUUCCCGUCAGCAAUGAUGGUCAGUGAAAUGGGAAGUGUUCACCUCUUCUUAUAUUGCUUUGUAUAUGUUCAAACAUUUCUCUCGAUAACUUGACCAUUUUGCAAUGCAAUAACUACUUUUAUUUUA